AAUUGAGAUGGUCCCUGUUUCUGCUUCACUUGCCCAGUGAGCUACGGCGCACACUGGUAGAAGGACUCGGAUAUUCUAUAACACUUCAAUGGAGGAACAGCCCAAAGAUCGGGCACAAGAUAGACGAUAUCACCACUAUGGAGAAGAAAGAAAUCAUAUUCAAUACAAAUCAUCUCUAAAAAAUGAUCAGAUCUACUUCCAGUACCAGGAAACGCAGACGAAGAAAACAGGUCGGGCCAUCCGGAAAAGCAAUGGGAAAAUAAACACCAGUGACGUGGAGGGGGAGAAGAUACUGUCUGCAAAUAUUUUUUUUUGUAUCCCUCGUCCCACCAACAGCAAUGGUAACAGACAUUUGAUAAACACUAAUGUAAAACAGAAGUCAACACGAAAGGUUUAUACCACUCUUUCAAAAAUGGACAACAAAGGUUUUGAUCACAAGAAGAAUAUGGACAGCGACAAGGACUUGGAUUUCACUAAUGACUAUGAGGGAAAGCUGUUGGACAAGGAGUCAGCAUUGCUUCUGAAUGGGGUGGUAAACUCUGCUCAUAUUACCAAUGGUUACUCCAGCAAGUCACCCCCUGACAACGAUGGCAGUGGCUCAGAAAGUGGAUAUACUACUCCUAAGAAACGCAAGGCAAGACGCAACAGCAUCAAGAACACAGAGCAUGUGACAAGCGAAAAGGAGAGAGCCAUGCAGCAGGGUAAUGCUACACAGGAGCCAGAGGCUUCUGGACUUGAACCAAUGGAGAAAGCGGUGAACUCGAGACUUGUCCAUAAAGCAGAUGCCCAGACAGCAGUCAGGCAGAUGGGGGCUCCAGAAGUGGCUAUGGGUGAGUUGCAGAGGAAUAACUCAGACAGUAAAACUGCUGCAGUUGCCUUUGGUAAAAAGUUUGAGGAUAGGCCCAAAGCCAAGCUCUCAACCUCUACAAAAGAGGACUCUUGGACUUUAUUCAAGCCCCCUCCAGUAUUUCCUGUGGACAACAGUAGUGCUAAAAUUGUGCCCAAGAUCAGUUAUGCAAGUAAAGUUAAGGAGAACCUCAACAAAGCAGCCCAAGCUGGAGGAGAGGUACAUCCUCAGGUGCCUGGUAGAUUAUCACAGGUCCCCAUGUCUGCUAUGAAAACCAUCACCUCAGCUAGCAUUACUAAUGGUCCUGUUUCUGGAGAUGGAAAUGGUUAUCCCUCUGUCGGUACCUUCUUCACUCCUGCUGCUAGUAGUAUUCCACCAGCCCCCUCUCUCCCAUGCGGGGAGAACGUAGCAUCCUUUUUGGACAAUGACUGUAGUUCUUCAACCAACCUUACAGCAGAUCUGAGAAAGUGUACUCUUUUCAUUUACCCCCUAAACCCUUUAAAUAUGCAACCUGUGCUCCCGAGUGCUCGCCAAGUGGACACCCCGGCUGCUCAGACAAAUCAGAAAGCCUUGGGGGACAUCUUCCAGAAUCAGUGGGGGCUGUCCUUCAUCAAUGAGCCAAAUGUGGGGUCAGAAGGAGGAAGCGGACCGGUGGCUGCUGUGGAGGGAAAGGCUACGGUGGUCACAUUUCAAGGGGAGCCAUGCCCUGCGGUUGCAGCUGAGCCAGGCCUUGACGCUAGCCUAUCAAUCCCAGAGCCUUUGCUUCUCACUUUGGCUCAAGACUCAGAGAAAAGGACUAGUGCCCCAGCUUGCCUCCCUGCUACAAUAAAGGGUGAGGAUGGGGCAAAGGCUCAGCUGUCUGGACCGGAUGAGACAAAGGGCGAGGCGAAGGGUCUAGGUGCAGUUGUGUUGGCCUCUGGUAAAGACAUUAGUGAUGAGCCUGCACAGGCCCCCCUGACCAACCUGGUGUUGGGUCCAUCUAAAGAGCAGGCCCACUCUAAGAGCCUGGACAGAGGUAGCUGGGGGUUGUUUGAUCUGAAAGCUGCUGUUACUUAUCACACUAAAGAAAUGGAAUACGUUUUCAAUUUGCAAAAACAAGAUCCAAAAAGAGUAGUCUUCUAUGACAAGACCAAGGAUGGACCUGAUCAGUGAGGUAGUGAAUGUCUGUCAACACUAACCUUCUCCCUACCUGGGUGCUGCAGUUAUCUUUUUUUGGCGGUUAUAAUCCCCUUGGAAAAACAAAAUCGAGACAACUGUGAUAUUGGGACUGACGGAUGAGUGUCCUGUGACAGACUUUCAUUGGAAAUAUAGAAUGGCAUAAUGGGGACACAUUUUUUUGCCGGGGGGUGGGGGGCAUCGCCGCAGAGGAAGGGGAGGGGUAAUGUGAGGACAUAUAAAUCCAAGUAUUGGAUUUAAUUUGAGCGCAGAAGCUUCUGCUGACGCUCUGGACUACACAAAGACGCAAACACUUGAAAGAGAUGUUGGGUGCCUCAGUCUCCCAUGUGAACGGACACUUGUGACACUUUCUGCUGUGUUAGACAUUGGUCUCAUAGAGCCUUCCUCUGGGUGUUGAGGAGAAAUAAGAUGAAGGCCCAAACUGCACCUCCCAAGCCUUUAUCCUGUUGCCCAUUGAACUAUAUGGCGAGUAUCGGUCUGACAGUAAGAUGCCUCAAUCAUUUUAUGUCCUCAUGCAUUCAAAUUAUUCCAAUAUGUAGAUCUGUGCUAUGAUUUAUACAUGCACAUCAGUAUAUGUGCAAAUUUGAAUUCAUUUUGAAAUAAAAUGAACUAUAAGCUCAGAUAAGAAUGCCUUGAAACUGAAAGAUUACGAGAAGACUGUUAGGCUGCAGGUUAAAUGAUGAAUACAUUUGAGGGAAAGCAUUUGUCUUAAUUACUUUAGUGAAAUAACUAUGCCCAGCAAAGAACUGACUGCUGGGUAUCUCUUGACACCUAUUUUGUUUUGUAUGGUUUAGCGAUUUCAGAUGUGAUCUACAGUAGGAACAAACUCCCAGAGCACAGAUAGUUUCAUUCUAAUUGGACACUUCUCUAAAGACAGGUCCUAAUCUUGUGGUUCGGUUCUCACUUUUUGGUAGGCAUGCUAAUCAGUUGAAAAAACUGUUUUAUUAUAUAAUUGUCUUCAUCUGUGUUUUGCUUUUAUGUUUAUUAUUUUGACUCUUAAGCCCUUGCAGUUGUCAGUCCACAUAUUUAAUUUCAAAUUAAGAUGGAUGUAGGCUAUUCCUUAAUUUGUAGCUUCUCUUGAGCUAUUCACCUGAUUGUGGGAGUUUUCUGAAAGAUGAGAAGUGACUUUAUUGUGGCACAAGGGCUAUGUAUGUGAUAUAUAUAUAUAUAUUUUUUGGUUUGGUGUAUUUGAUCCGUAAGAGGCUCAAGAUGUCAGUAAUUAAUUAGACCUACCUAGGCCAUAUUUGCUGAUACUACAUGGAGAAAUGGCUCAUUUCCUUAUUUUCUUGCUCAAGCAAUUUGCUUUUCAUUUGCAAGCCAACUUAUCCAGCCUAGGAUACUUUGUGCUUUUUCAGCAUUUGGUCUUUUAAUUUCUCUAGUUAUGACAAUGUAUUUCUUGCACAAAGUAUUGGUGUGGAUGAGACGUGAGAAGUCGCAGUUUAAUAUAACCAAGAAAAGAUGACAGAACCAUCGCAAUACUCAUUAUUUCAUGUCGCAGACCAGCCACUCUUUGUUAUACUGUUUGUAGAGAUGUGGUGAUCAUUUCAUAAUACAGUAUCAUCCAGUCAGUGUCUUUGAUCAAAGUGGUUGUGUCAAGAGGCCUAUACAUGGCAAGGCAGGCCACAUUUGGUAAUACAAUGAGUGGAUAGCCACAAUGUCAUUGGAACUACAAUCUCUCUUUUUGUUUUCUUUUUUUUGAGCUAAGGGAGGAAGUGUCUUAGUUUAUUUUCUCUAGCAUAAGUGAUUUGGUUAUUGUGUGGAUUAAUAGCACUUUAUGUAACACUUUUUUUAAAUAUAUAUUUUAAUUACUACAGAUACACAUACUAUAUAUAUAAUGACAUGAAAUACUAACUUCUUUUAAGAAUGGCUUUGGACUGUUGUUCUUUUUAAGACAAAUAAAUGAAUAAAUACCGAAAUACAAAAUGUCACUCAGGUAGUAUUGGUAAAGCCAUGACAAAGUUGGAUAAUAUUGUGUUCUGACAAAUGGUUCAGAACAAGAUCCUCGUAUUGUGCUCAAAUAUGAAUUGGAGUGAUAUUUAAUAAUGAACUACAGAGCUGUGAUUUAAAAUACCAAAACAUUUUGCUUGCAGAAAACACUGACAUGGCUUGCAAUCAGCUGUCAUAGAUAUGUAGGCUUCGAACCUUUAAGUUCUCUGUUCAGGCAAUUUCACUUUAAUAAGCACACUGAUAUCCACCGGUUUCCACCUGUAAUAGGACAGUGUGAUCUUACUGUCCUUGGUUUAAGUUUUAUUUUUCUACUUUUUACCUCGUCAUUCAUGGGCUGAAGCAUUUCUGAGUGUACCCACUGCUAAUUCCCAGUCCAGGUUAUAUGCAAAGGCAGGAAUCUAUGCCUGAGAUUCCUAGUCCAGCCCUCUCUUGGGGUUCCUGGUAACCUCUUGGCUUAUUCUUGCAGACAGAGGGAACUACAAGAAGGUCAAACACACCCCCUGUUGUGUACAAAACUGUGUCUCACACACACUUAAGUUACUUCACUGUGGAAUUCUAAGCAAAGGAUAGACCUCUGGGACGUGGUAUUUAAAACCUUUUGUUUUGCUUCCAUUGUAUGCUGUGUGUUGAAGUAUUAUUAGAUCAGCUUCAAUCAAGAGCACAAUAUCUUAUUUUGCUAAUGCUGCACAAUAGCGAAAAUAUCACUUAUUUUGACUUGAUUGGCAGCGGAAAUUAUCUUUGUGCGAUGGACAACCCAGUUUGCAAUGGUGGACAUUAGCGGCUAAAACUGUUUUGGGUUUUUGUGCUUUGAUUGUUUAUGCACAGUUGAUGAUGUAACUUUACUGGGUUCCCUAAAUAUUGGAAUAGGAAACACCAGAUCAUACCAUGAGGUAAAAAAGCCAAAACAAGUUGUCUUUUUCAUAACUCUAACCCCUUUUUUACUUUUGAUCCUGAGUGGAAGAACAAGAAGCCCUAUGCUUCUUUGUAAAACAGGGGGAGCAGUCUCUUGCGUGGGUGUGUAGAAGUGCGCUAACAGUCCAAAGUACUUCAUCUGUUCAUUGUUUUGAUUCAGACAUGUCCCCUUAUGUUGAAUUUGAUUCUUAAAGGCCCUGUGCAGUCAAAUGUAAUUUCCCAUGUUUUAUAUAUUUCCACACUGAGGUUGUAAAUGAUGAUAAUGACCAGAAAUUUCAGCCUGUGUUGGUGGGAUGGAGUUUUGGCCUGCCUGGUGACAUCACUACGCUGUAAAUUAGUUAAUAGACCAAUAAGAAAGAGUUCCAAACCUCUCUGCCAGUAACAGCUAGGCAAGUUGUCAGUUUUCCCACUCAGGCCACUCCCAGACAGUCCUAGCAAUUAUUUUGUUGAGAAAUUGUUCUUUGCUAAAAAGCUAUUUUCAUUCUUUUUUUCUUUUCAAUUAAAACAGUCAAAAAGAAUCACACUAAGGUACCUAAUUGUUCCCAGAAAUGAUUUGAUAAUAGGUAACAGCUGCAUUGGACCUUUUUUAAGAGGGAUCAGUGAUCUCCAGGGAAAUAUUGCAAAAGUCUUCAAGCACUUAAGCAAAAUGUGUGUUUUUUUGUUGUUUUUUUUGUAUAUGCAUUUCAGAAAAACAUAUAGCUAUAUUACUUAACGAUAGUGUUGUAGCCUGUAAACCAAAAACUGGUUCUUAAUGGAGAUUGUUUUAUGGGCACACUGCUGGGCAAGUGAACGAGUUGGUGUGAUGAAAGAAAAGCAUGAAAGUGAUGAGUCUCUGUAUUUUCAACCCCCUUAGGAGGUGCAAGCACCUCAAGGAUACUCACACGGGCCUCUGAGUUCCGAAUGAUUGGUUAGGCCACUUUGCCUAGCUGUUUGGUGUGCGUGUGAAAGUGAGUUCUUCCAAUUAUAUGCAAGUGUCCCUUUUUUUUUAAUUUUUUUAAUUUUUCAAGACCAUGUUCAGGUGCCUGUGAAAAGUAUGCUUUUACAGUAAUUUUAAGAUUUUUUUUGUGUUUUGAAAAUUGUUACUAAAAUGAUGUGCCAUUUUCUUUGUCCAAUAUUUCUUUCUACAACAUUUUGUAGAAAUGCUGUUGAACAUUUCUUACAGCUUCCUUUGUUGCUUCCUUUCACUGACAUGGAAGAAGCUGAAAGCAAUGUGCGUUUUAGCUGUUUUGAAUGAAUUUCACAGCUCUCAAUCAUAUGACCUGCAAAUAAUUGUUCAGUGGGCUUGCGUUUGAAUAAACUGCUUGCUGGUAUAUUCUAGUCAGUCCGUCGUUAUGGUCUGAAGUAGAGCAAUGUUGACUUUCACUUUUCAAUUGAUCUAACACGCGUUUAAGCUGUUUUAUUUUUGAAUUGUCACAUUUACUUGUAGUUGCACAACCAGAGCGAAACUACUUUGCUUCAAAGGAAAAUGGGGAGAAUUAGGUUGUCUCAUUUGAUCAUAACACGUACCUACUUUUUUAAAGACAAUUUUCGUUACUGUACAUUGAAGCUGAAUUCUCAAUUUUAUAUAAAGCCCCAAUGUUCAGAUCCUUGUGGCUGAAAACAAUGUUAAGCCUACUCCUUGCUUAGUUUUGCUAUUUUUCAGAGUACACAUGAUUUAUGUUCAAUGGAUUUCCUCAAAUAGUAAUGGUGGCGAUGUGAGCACUGAACACCAAGUGUUCCUGAUAAGAAUUUCUCCCUGAUGUUCAUCACGUGUUAAAGGGGUGCGACGUAAAGGAGAUGGUUGUCAAACAGUACAUCUAUCUUAUUUCAAGUUUGCCAAAGGUACAGUACACAACUCAGAUAUUCAGCUACUGUAUGGUCCAUGCACUUAGAUUGGGAAGACUUUGAUGGUUUAAGCAACCCGUUGUUUGAGCCAGUCAGGUUUGGGUGGGACCACAGCAGCUGGAUGCCAUUGUGGGAGUCUGUUGUAUUUGUUAGGACAACCCCCCCCCCCCCCCCCCCKAKACCCAGAAAUAAUAACAAAUACCAAAAGUGCUGCUUCUUCCAGUUAUUGAUUGUCUGUAAUGGGAAAUGCUGGACUUAAUGUUUUGUGCUCCAUUUUCAUCCUGUCCCCCACUUCUUGCUGUCCAUGCCUGCUGUUAUAACGUUUUCAUAUGGGGGGAGUGGGCGGGCGCAUGCAUGUUUACUCUCUUUGGCACCUGAGAUAUUUGUAGACGCAUCACUAUGUUAACGACAAGGAAGAAGUGUUUUAUUUCUGGGACUCCACAGUGCUACUGCUUCUUUUGAAAGGUGGUGUGGUCAUACGGAAUAUGUGUCUGAAGAUUACAGUUGUGUGGUGCCAAGUUCAUCUCUGUACCAGUUCUCACUGUCAUAUCUUGUUGUGCCUGUUGAUGAGUUAUCAAUCUGCUCCAAGUAAAUUGACCCCUCAGAAUUUGAGGCAACAGCAGAAAGUGUAUUUGUUUUAUAAUUUGACAUUUAAGUGUUAAUGUGACAUCUGAAAUGGUUUAACAAAUGCAUCACAUUAUGAGUACCUAAAUGUAUUUUUUAUUUUUAAAGCAUGAUAAUAUCCCUUAAAUUCCAAACCAAUGUAAUAAAUUAAAGAAAUUCAGUGUUCACA